AUGGCUGCAGCUACCGCAGUCUUUGGCACAGCUGAGCUGUCGGAGAUGAUCUUGCUUCACCUUCCAAUGCGAGAUCUGCUGCGUGUCCAGCGAGUCGACAAGGACAUCAAUGCGGUCAUCAGCGGCUCGAAGGCUUUGCGACGCAAGCUCUUCUUUGAGAGUGCUCCGGGCGGGCCGCUGACGCAUUUCUUGAAUCGUAAUGGGACUAUCUCCAGCUACAGUUCCGGCGAGCGGGCCAUUUAUAAGAAGCGUGUGCGCAAUCUGCCCGAAGGCAUGGAAGAGGCAAUGAAGUUCGAUGAGAUGUGGCACAAAGGCAAAGACGCGCCAGGUGUGCCAGUGCCAGUCGAACUGAAUCCUGUCUUCGCGUAUGCCAUGCGGGAAGUUGAGAGAGCGAUGAUGGCUGGCAACUUCACUCAAGCCUCUUUGCCGUCCUCCUGGCGUAGGCCCGAGGCUUCCUGGCGUCGGAUGAAGAUGACACAGCCUUCUACAGAAUUCACGCUAUUCAUCCAAUACUGGAGCGUUCGUGUUUCUAAGACCGUUGCAACGCUUCCCGUGCGUCCUGAUACAGAUCUGGGCCAGCUUGUGGACACGAUAUAUGAGCGGCCAUACAUCGACAGCAUCAAAAAAUCGGUCAAAUCAUUCAUCAAGAGGAAAACUUUGCGGGACAUUCAUUUCGUACCGGCGUUUUCUUACCUAUGGGACUUGGCCAGAUGGAAGAGCUAG